UGUUGUGAUUUCCUAUCCUGGAUACGCACUUUUUCUGAGAUGGAGGGGUCUGGGUCUGAAGGUGUCAGCCCGGUCUUGUUGCUCGUACUUCUGCUUUGGGAACCCGCCGCUUCUCGCUGUGCUCCCUCUCUGGGCUACAAAUUCACAGUCACUCCUAAUGGACAACCGUGGUGUGAAAUUCAAGGCCAGGUCAAUGGGAACACAUUUCUUCAUUAUACCUGUGGUGGCAACAAGGUCAAACUCAUCAGUGUUCUGGAGAUGAAUGCCACACAGGCCUGGAGUGAACAGAGAGACGCUCUGCAGUACGUGGUGGAAGAGCUCAAGAAGACGCUGCUGGACAUUAAAGCAGAGAUUCCUGCAACCAGCGGUCCUCACUCCCUGCAGGGCAGCAUGAUGUGUGAGCAGGAAUCCAAUGUACUCAUCGCUGCAUCCUGGGAGUUUGGACUGGAUGGACAGAUAUCUCUCCGCUUUGACUCAAAGAAUGGACACUGGACAGUGCUGCACGGUGAAGGCAUUCUGUUAAAGCAAACAUUGGCGAGUGACAGAGCUAUGACCGAUCUCCUUGUUAGGACCUCAGCUGGAGACUGUAGGAAGUGGCUUGAACAAGUUUUGUGUCCCCUGAGCACACAAGCUGCACCAACCACUGCCACAGCCACAGUCCCGUCCAAGGCCACAACCAACACGCCCAUCACUUCGGUCCUCCCUGUGAUCCCUACCUGUGCAAUCAUAGUUGGCAUCUUAGGCUGGGCCUUUAAGUAACAGGCUGCCUAUGCGAUGGGACCAGGAAGGCCCUGGUGUGUGGACCAUCUCAGCGACUCUGCCUUUGCUUGGCUGCCUCUGCAUGACCUGCUGCUCAUUUUAGAACCUCAGGAGUUCAAACCUUCUGCCCAGAGACCAGGUCUGAUCAGGAUGAGACAGUAGAUGCAGCAUCUCAUGUCCAUUAUUGCAUUGCUGAUUAUCCUCUCCAGUGCUUUUGUUUUUUAAAUAUAUUUUAUUGAUUUUUUACAGAAAGGAAGGGAGAGGGAUAGAGUCAGAAACAUCGAUGAGAGAGAAACAUCGACCUGCUGCCUCCUGCACACCCCCCACUGGGGACGUGCCUGCAACCAAGGUACAUGCCGUUGACCAGAAUCGAACCUGGGACCUUUCAGUCCACAGGCCGACGCUCUAUCCAGAGCCAAACCGGUUACGGCUGUCCGGUCCCUUUUAAACAUACCAUGUCACUUUCUGUGGUCCUAAGAGAUGUAAUUCCUACAUUUAAACAUUAAUAGCUUCAAUAAGAAAUCUCAACAAAGAGAACAUUUUCCAUCUUCUUGUGGAAGAUCAGAUACAUCUCUGCAUGUAUUAUUUUCAAGCAGAUAAUAUUGCCAAAAAGUGCCAGACAUUAGGGUUUUUUUCUGUGUCCUCAAAAGCAGUCACGUAGGCAGCAGAGGCGACAUGCUAGGGAAGGUGGAAGACUGUGAAGGUGGAAGACCAGUCUGCGAAAGAGACUACUUUUGUUGACGAAAGAGCAACUUUGUGAAAGAGGCUAAGAAAGUGCCACUGGUGGCAACACCUAUCAGCACAGCAAAGUCAAUCAGUGGACCACAAAUGUAGUAGAACAGACUUAAGCCAACUCACCAAGCUGGGGAAACCAUUCACAUACAUUGUGACCUGUAUAAUCAUGUAGCAGAAUAGAGUAGGACUAUACAUGGUAAGUUCUUGCUUCUGGGACAGCUCUACUGACCAUGCGAUGGGAGAACUAGACCAUGUGCUGCAUCGUCAGCGCCUUCGGACUGUCCAUCUGACUGACCUCCUCAUCCAUCUGGGCUCUUUCUCUGCCUCAACAUUUCUCUCCGAUCUCCUAGCCACCAGCCAUGAAUUCAGUGCCCAGCUUUCCCACUCCGUUCUCUGUGGCACUCUCAGCACGCUGAGCAAAACCCAAAUGGCCGCGCUGUUCCGUGAUCAGCACACCCUCAGUCACACGGAUCGUUCACCUGGGCAGCCGGACCUGGACUGCCACGGGCCGCACUCUGAGUAUCUCUGUUCAAAGGUGCUAAACACUCAGUCUGCUAGUGUGAACUUUCCCGUACUUUGUACUGUUGUUAGAAUAAAUUAUUCCAGUUUUUAAGAAGUCAUGUAUUUUAAAAGAACAAAAUUAUAUUUUUGACUGUUUCCACUACUAGCUUAUAUCAGUAUGAUGCGGUUUAAAUAAACAUCUUUAUAUUCUAAAAA